GUUUAAUCGACUGACAGAUUUGAUACAAAAGCUACAAAAUGGCCAACCCUGGAGGACCAAUAGAAAUUUGUUUCUCCUUUGAUGCGACUUGUUCUAUGUAUAAAUAUAUUGACGAAGUUAAGGGAAAAGUCCAAGACUUAAUACAACGUCUGCAAGCAGACAUUCCUGGAAUCAGAAUAGCAGUGUUUGCGCAUGGCGAUUAUAGCUCUUCCACCUAUGUCACAAAACACAUCGAUUUCACUACAGACGUAGCAGAAUUGUGUAACUGGGUAAAGAAUAUUAAAGAGAGCAGAGGAGGAGACUGGGACGAAUGCUAUGAACUCGUGUUGCAAGAAGUUCAGUCGUUGUCAUGGACACCAGGAUCAAAGCGAGCAUUGGUUGUGAUUGGGGAUGCCGAUCCCCAUGAACCGGGAUAUAGGUGUGGCGGGAAAACUUAUAACAUAGACUGGCGGGCCGAAACGUAUAAACUUUUAAUGAUGAAUGUUACAAUCUACGGAAUUAAAUGUGGGGAUGCUGAUUCAUCGAAAGACUUUUUCAACAAGAUCGCCAAGGCAACUGACGGAAAAUUCCUUACAUUAAAUGACUUUACUAACAUUUUUGAUCUUAUGAUGGCUAUAUGUUACAGAGAACACGAUGAAACUCUAUUGCAGAAUUAUGAAACAGAAGUAAGAGCCAGAGGUACAACAGUUCACAAAGAUUUAGAAGCAUUAUUUGGCAAUCUACGACAUACCGAAACAGAAGACAUGGAAACAACCCCAUCAACACCAGCUCCCUUUGUAAAAAUACCAUCACUGACAAAACCAUCAUCAGUUAAAAUACUGAAAACAAGUACUAAUCCAACAGUAAAACCAAGCAGCAGUUCAAGAACAACACGGUUUAGAUCUAAACACGAACGAAUGAUGAAUAGAAGGAACGAGGAACGCCUCGAAAAGUACAAGCUAAAAAAUCUGCCGAAACUGAAAAGAGAAAACGUUACAGAGACAAAUUUUAUGCUCAAUGAUGCCCCAUGGUCAAGAUGGCAAUUAGCAAUCACCCCCGAAUUUCCAGAAGGAGCAGACUCUCAUUUAUGGAAAAAACGUAGAGCGACUUGA